AUGAGUGAGGAGGGCAGCGAAGACUCGCCCGUGCGGUCUAGGCGUAAAAUAAAAAAAGUGGUGCUUUUCUCGUCUGCUUCGGAGUCCGAUAGCGAUGAUAGCGUCAGCGUGGCGGUUACACGUAGAAAGAGACUGAGGGUAAUUAGCGAUGACGAUGCAAGCAGUAGCAGUAGUGGAAGUUCUGUCGUGCUCGGCGGGGCUAUGCGUAGACGCACCCUACCCAAGUUACGUGAUUCAGAUGAAGAUAGCGACACAUCUGGUUGGGCCACCGACCAUUCAGAUGCAACUAAGAAAGCCCCUGCAGCCCCUCCUGAAAAAACAGUGUCAGGAUUUGCGUCGGACAGUUCUGAAGGCAACUCAGACAAGUGUUCAAUCUGCCUCCUACGUUUUACUAGCCAAGAAGUUGGGACUCCGCAAAAUUGCGAGCAUAUUUUUUGUCUAGAUUGCAUAAUGGAGUGGUCAAAGAAUGUCAAUACAUGCCCUGUUGACAGAAUGACAUUUGAUUUUAUUGUUGUGAGGGCUUGUGCUGGUGGACGGGUCCUGCGCACAGAACCAGUUAAAGUGGUUGAGCGCAGUCCCUCUUUAGAAAUGAUUGUAAUAGAGGAUGUAACAGCCUGUGAGGUGUGUGCAAGAGCAGACAAUGAAGAGACCAUGUUACUUUGUGAUGGUUGUGACCGUGGCUAUCACAUGCAAUGCCUGAACCCACCCCUAACAGAGGUGCCUUUAGAUCAAUGGCUCUGUCCACAUUGUGAUGACCUUUUUGACUUCAUCCAUAUUUCUGAAGUAGAUGACUUGUACUCUGGUAUUGAGGAUAUGGAAAUGCCUGUAGGCCCUAGGCCCACACCACUCAGGGAGCCUCGAAAUACGAGAAGGUCUUCUAGGAAUCGAAAUGUAACAGAAGAGCCCUCCACAUCAAAUGGUUAUCGAAAUAGUGCUAAUUUUAGUGAUUUACCCACUACAUCACGUGGCUCUAGAACAUCACAUAGUAGUCAUUCUAAUAGGAGGCGUUCCAAUGGUAAGCAACAAAGAAGACGCAAAACAAGAAGGUCCAAAACAGUUAUUAUUGAAUAUGAAAUUGAAGAAAAUGGCAAAUUUCCUAUUACAAGGAGAGUUAAACGGAGAGUUAAGAAGAGAAGGACAAAAAGACGGCAGCCUCGCACAGUUGCAAGGAGAUCUCACGUGCGCGCAAGCGUCAGGGCAAAGCUGGCUCAUAUGAAAACAAGUCAGCAGUUAGAGCCAACACAAUCCGCGACCUCUGAAAGCUUGGACCUAACUGUUCAACGGCAAAGGGCAGGCAUCACCUCACUUAGUCUUUUCGGCAGCAAUAGCCAGUUAGAUUAUUUCACUGAUGAUGAAGAGCAGGAUGUUAACAUCUCCAAUGGACCAAUGACUGCUGUUGCCAUGAGACCAACAUCUAACAUACUUACUGCCUAUAGACAGGCAAGAAGAAAGAUGGUUUCAAUCCCAUCGCCGCCCCAUGCCACUUCGGCACCGGAUCUCCUUUCCGAUAUAAUGGAGAGACAGACGUUGCUGCACUCGAAGAACUCCAUCGUCACAAUAUCCGUGGACGGGAACGUCGACAUAAAACUGCAGACGAAGAGGCAGAGGGCACCGGCCAAAGAAGCGCCCAAGCAGUCGAGCGACGGGAGGCUGGAUCUGUCGAAGGGCGAAGACGCCGCCCGCAAGGCGCCCUCUUACCCCGGGCAGUCACGCGGCGGCGGCUGGGGCGGCGGCUACCGGGGCAACUACCACCGCGAGCAGAACGCCAACAACCUCAACCAGGGCGGAUACGAGGGGAGCUACGGCGGCAACUACCAGGGCCGCCAGGCCAACGUCAACUACCAGAACAACAUGCGCCGCGACGACGCCGACGGCUACGGCAACUACGCGAGGCGCCAGCCCCAGUACCCGCACCACGACGACUCCUACUUCGACCGGAGCCGCAGGCAGGCGCCGAACGAGAACAACAGGCCCAACUACUCGCAGCACCCGAUGCAUCAGCACCAGAGGCUCAACGAGCAAAACCACGGUCGCUACAGCCUGGGCACCUCCUGGCCUGGCCAGCCUUACCCUAGCGGCGCGCACGGACCGAGGCCGGAGAGCCAGAUGAUGCAGAGACAUUCCUUCGGCGGUUUCGAGAACCCGCUGGAUAUGCGACUGGGCCAGGCGCCGCCGCCGGUCGCGCUGAUCAACUCAAACAGCGAAAUGUUCAAUCGCACGGAGAGCCCGAUCGUGGACAAGUCGCAAACGGCGAGCUUCCAGCCGUUGCCGGAGCCGCCCGUCUUCAGUUUCUCCAAGAUGACCGACGUGGAGAAGGACGAGGACGAGAGGAGCGACUCGGGCCUGGUGAUAGACACGGAGAAAUACGACCCGACAGAGCCCACCAACGACGAUGACAGCUGCGACGAGGAAAAGACGGCCACCCUGCCGCCAACCGCCGACCCGUCCCCACCGGCGACGCCCGCCGCCGUUCAGAACAUAUUAGCGGGAAUAGACACCAGUACAAUAAACGUGCCACCAAAUAUUUUAGAUAGUGCAGUAAGACAAGUGCUCAAGGAACACAAAAACUUAAUAGUUCCCCAGAGCGUGCAACACGAUGCAUCGCAAAACGACAAAAGUGACGAAGACUCGGACGGCGACUGUCCGAACUUCUCUAUUUAUUCCGCCGCAAGUGUUCACAUAGCCAAUAAUAGUAGCAACUUAACAGAAGAAGUCGCCAAAGAAGUGCCUCAGGACAAUCUAGAAGAUCUUGUACAAGAAGACGACGAUUUCUCACCUCCACCUGCAAUAACCCCGCCCAUUGAGACUACUUUAGAAUCCACGAACAACAAAAGUAAUGUAGAAGUUCCAACUUUCAUGAUGAUGAAGACACCAGCGAAGAAAUUGAAUUACCGGAGAAGCUAUCGGUUAAGCCUGAAACCGCUUGAGACAAAAAGUGAACACGCUCUUUCAAAAGAAGAAAAGAUAACAAUUGACGACAAACUCAUAGAGGAAUGUGUUGAAAAGGACAAUAGCCUAAUUGACGCAGAAAGUAACAUUCAGGAUGAAAAACAGGAAAAUGGUCUAUCGGUUACCAAUGCGGAAAUCAUAGUUCACGACGAAUCAAAAGAAUCACAAGCAAUAGAAGAAAACAAGCAAGCGAAAGAAGAUGACGAAAAUGCUAAAGAAGCUGUAAAAUCGGAGAGUGAAAAAUCUGACAACGAGGCGAAUUCUGAGGAAGAAGGCGACUCUGAUGACGAAUUAUGCAUUAACACUGAAUCUCCGAAAAAGGACUCCGUUGAUAAUGAUGAAAAAGGAGUUGAAAAAAUGACAGAAUCAAUAAGUGAAACUGAAGACGAACGCAGUUACACGCCUUGUUUGGACGAGAACAAAUCCAAAGACACGUCGCUUGAAUUUGAAAAGGACAAAGGCCUAGAAGGUCUUGACACUGAAAUGAUAUCUGAAGAUGAAGGAAAUGAAAUGUUUUCUGAAAAUGAGAAAGCGCUUUCCGAAACAUCAAACACAUCCCCCGUUAGAGCCAAACCAAUUUCUAGUAAUGAAGAGAAGAUGCCAGUAACAAAAAAGAAGGAAAGCAAAGGUGAAGAUCGCGACGAUGCCAAAAAGAAGAAAAAGAAAGAGUCGAUCAAGAAGGAUACUAAGGAUAAAAAUAAAAGUAAGCACAAAAAAACGGAAAUUUCUUUUAAGAAACUGAGUAAAAACGGCAAAGAAAGGAAUUACAGAGAAAGAGAUAAGGAAGACAAAAACAAGAGUAAGAGAGAACGCCGAGAGUCUAGCGAAACUGCUGAAGAAAAACAAAAGAGGCGUAAAGAAAAAAGAAAGGACUUGGAACGAUAUGAUGUGCGUACAGUUGUAACGGAGAAAAGAAAGAAGUUAAAGGAUCCGUUCGGGAGAGAUAUUUCUCCGCGAAUGCGCUCCACUUCACUGUCGCCGCUCGGCGAUCAGUCGCCCACGCGUCGCCGUCCCGCGAGCCGCUCCCCCGAGCCGGAGCCGCCGCACGCCGCGCCCGAGUGGUCCCCGCCGUCGAUGGACUCGCGGCUGCUGUCGCCGCGCACGCCGCCGCCCGACCUCUCGCCCGACCCCUGCCAGCUGCGGGUGGUGGUCGCGGCGGACGACAAGCGCAAGCGCAAGGAGAAGCGGCGCCGCGACCCGGACCGGCAGCGGCACAAGCGCGGCCGCGACGCCGUCGGCCCCUCCAAGGAGGUGUUCACCUCGGGCGACAACAUCCUCGUGAGCGUCAGCUUCAAGGACCAGGACCGCGACGAGGGCGGCGAGAAGCGCAAGCGGCGCGAGACGAAGCGCGAGAAGAGGAAGCGCAAGCGCGCCGCCGUCCCGCCCGAGGCGGAGACCGCGAAGCCCGUGGCCAUCAUCGACCUCGAGCGCUCGCCCUUCCGCGAGCUCACGCCGUCGCCCAAGAACGUGAUCGUGCUGAGCGACAGCGACCCCGGCGACAAGGAGGUGGCCGAGGCGGACGAGGCGCCGGCCGCAGAGGCGCCGCCGCCGCCGCCCGAGCGCGCGCCCAGCGCGCCCCCCGCGGGACCCAAGACGCCGCCGGAGCCCGCGGCGCCGCCCGAGCCCGCCGCCUCGGCCUCGCCGCGCUCGGCGCGCUCGCCCGCCUCGGCCGGCUCGGCCGGCUCGCGGGGCUCGGCGCGCUCACCCGACGCCUACGACCCCUUCGAGCCGACGCGCUCGCCGUCCGCCUCGCCGCGCGCCGCCAGCCCGCCGCGCUCCAUGACGCUGGAGGCGGCGCAGCGCACCAACCUGUCGGCGGACGAGGUGCUGGCGCGCCGCCCGCUCUCGCCCAUCGAGAAGGUGCUGGCGCUGCUGCAAUCGACGCGCGACGAGGCGCCUGAGCCGCCGCCCGGCGCCGAGCCGGAGCCGAUUGUACCGCGCGUGGUGCUGCCCGAGCCGACGCGCGCGCCCCCCAAGCUAUUCGUGGGCAAGGCGGAGCCGAUCAAGUCGCUGCCGGUGAAGCCGAUGGCGCGGCGGGAGGACGAGCCGGGCGACUCGCCCUACUCGCCGGGCUCGAGCGACUUCGGCGACCUGUUCGAGCCGCCGCCCGGCGCCGCCAAGCAGGUGGCGCCGCCCGCCAAGCGCGACGUCUUCGACGCGCUCUUCGAGAGGCCGCCCAAGCAGCGCAAGGGCAGGUCGUCCGCCGCCAAAGUGCCUGUUAAGCUCAACAAGAAGAAAGGAAAUAAAACCCAAGUUGGUGUAAAGAUAGACGAAGACAACCUUAAAAUCCUGGACGAUUUGCCGAGCUCCGCGGUAGAAAUGCAAGUCAAGAGUAAGUUUUUGAAGAAGCUGAACCGUCAGGAGCGGGUCGUCGAGGAAGUCAAAUUGGUGCUGAAACCUCACUAUAACAAGAAACAUGUAACUAAGGAGGAAUAUAAAGACAUACUUCGGCGCGCCGUACCUAAGAUCUGCCACAACAAGUCCGGCGAAAUCAAUCCGACCAAGAUCCAAGCACUAGUGGAGGCCUAUGUGAAGAAGUUCAGGAAAAAACACAAACUGGGUCUAGUA